GUUCAGUUUAAACACAUCUAGUUUCUCUUACUCAGAUCAUACGAUCAGACAAAAACUGAGAGACUCCAAAUGACAAAAAACAAACUGCAAGAGACAUAAUGGCAUCGGCACAUGAAGAUGAUUUACAGGAGGUGAGGAUUGUGCUGUUGGGAGUCUGUGGAGCUGGAAAGAGUUCAAUAGGAAAUGCAAUACUGGGUCGAGAGGUGUUUAAAGAGAGCAGAACCAGAGAGAGUGAGAUACAGACAGGAAGAGUAGAAGACAGAAACAUCUCCAUCAUCGACACUCCAGGAUUCUUCAACACUCACCUGACUGAUGAAGAGAUGAAGAACCAGAUGACGAAGAGUCUGUAUCUCUGUUAUCCUGGGCCUCACGUGUUCCUGCUCAUCAUCAACCUGGAAGACUUCAUAGAGGAUGAGAGGAAUGUUGUGGAGGAAAUUCAGGAAAACUUUGGAGCUCAAGUGUUUAAAUUCACUCUGGUUCUGUUUACUGGAAGAGAACAAAUUUCAAAGAGAGAAUGGAAGCUGUUUACGCAUAGUACAACAUUUCAAGAGUUGGUCAGUCUCUGCAGAGAGAAUUAUCAUGUGAUCAACAGUAAAAAUGAGAUCAAUGAAAUCACAGAGCUACUACAGAAGAUUGAUGAAUUAAUUAUACAGAAUAAUCACCAGCUUUACAAUAAUAAGAUUUACUCAUUGUCUCGAACAAAGAGCAUAAGAAUAAAUAAAAAACAAAAGGAAAAAAAGACAUACAAAAUAAAAGAGCAAGAAAUGAAACAAAAGCAAGCUAACAUGGCAUGCGAGAAUUUUACAACCCACAGUGUAAUGGAAGAAAGAACAACACAUGCUGUGAUUGAACAAGUAAAGGAAAGAAUAAGUGAAAAGAAACAACAUGAGGAAGAAAAUACAUACAGGGGAAAAAAGCAAGAGAGAGAGGCAAGACAAGAACGAGCAAAAAUAAAGGCAGAGACUUUUGAAAUGCAAAGUGCAACGGAAGAGAGAAAAACACACACUGUGACUCAAGAAGAAAAGGAGAGUUUUGUUUCUUAUUUCAAACAAACAAAGAAAUCAACUCAUCUACAAGAUAACCUGGAUACUAUAUCACUAGACAGAUUCGAGGACUUCUCUAAUAAAAGAACGAGAGACAAAAAUGUAGUCGAGACUACAGAAAAAAGCUGGGGAAUGAGCCAUAAAAUGACAUACCAGAUAGAGAGAUCAGAAGACGAACUCAGGAUUGUUUUGGUGGGUAAAACUGGAGCUGGAAAGAGCGCAACAGGAAACACCAUCCUCGGACUACGAGUGUUUGAAGAGAAAUUCUCUUCUAACUCUGUGACUAAGGAAUGUCAGAAAUAUAAGAAGAGAGUGGCAUGUCAAAACAUGUCAGUGAUCGACACUCCAGGACUGUCUGAUACAUCAAUCAGUGAAGAAAAACUGAAGGAGGAACUAGUGAAGUGUGUGGAGAUGUCUGUUCCUGGUCCUCAUGCGUUUUUGCUGGUCAUCAGACUGGACAUGAGAUUCACAGACGAGGAGAAAGACGCAGUGAAAUGGAUUCAGAAGAACUUUGGAGAAGAUGCUGCUCGUUACACCAUCAUUCUGUUCACUAGAGGAGAUCAGUUAGAUAUAUCUAUACAGGAGUUCCUCACUGAAAACAAUCAGAUUAAUGAGUUAGUCAAACAGUGUAAAGGUGGUUAUCAUGUUUUCAGUAACAAAAAUAAAAACCCAACACAGGUUACCACACUAUUAAAGAAGAUAGAAAGCAUGGUGAUGAAGAACGGUGGACAGCAUUACACAAAUGAGAUGUAUGAGAAAGCUCAGAAAAAGAUAAUGAUGAAGAAGUUUAAGGAUACAGCUUUAGUGGGAGCGAGUGUGGCAGGUGUAGGAGCAGCAGUAGCUGGAGGUGCGAUUCUGGUCGCUGCUACUGGAGGAGUGGCUCUGCCUGCGGCUUUAUUGGCUGGAGGAGCAGCUCUAACAGGAGGAACGGGUGCUGCUAAAGCUAUUGCAAAUAAAGUUAAACAUAGUACAGGACAACAUAAUAAAGAAAAGACAAAAAGUUCCAUUUGGUAUGCUGAAUAAUUCCCAUUAUAAUUAUCACAGUUUCUUAUCCCCUAUACAUAUAUAUAUAUAUAUAUAUAUAUAUAUAUAUAUAUAUAUAUAUAUAUAUAUAUAUAUAUAUAUAACAGUUCUUUCUGGUUCUUGAAUCUGAUUGGCUGAGAGCCGUGCGAUAUUCUGGUGAUAACAGCACCUAUUCUAGUGAUACCUUUUCACCAUUUGUAUCACUCUCCUUGAAGCGACUGUCAUGGCAGCCAAGCAAAUCUGCCAUAUUUUUUUUUUGUUUUUUGUUUUUUUACAAAUACUACACAUGUUGUACAACUGUAGAUUUAAGAGGUUUUUUUUAGAAUGUAGUUGUUUAGACCUGAAAUAUGUGACUCAUAUUUAAUCAUAGCGGCAAUUUUACAGUUUGUUUAGAUGUUUUCGGAGAUGCGAGCUCCAGGCCCCCAGCGGCCGUUCAUUGCUCGUGUACGCACGAGAACAGCUUCAUCUCGGCCAGUGCUUCGAGGAUUUGCCGCUGACUCUUAUAGUGGUUAAACACGAGAUAUAAUUAAUUUUGGGUACAUAAAAUGGGCAAUCUUUGGUCUUAUUAAUCUAUUACUUGUUCCUGAGCAAAUCGAAUUAUGCUAUGUUAAAUUUAAUAAUUUAAUAUUAAGGCUAUAUUUAACUUGCAUCCUGUAGAGCACUGCUUUUCUACAUUUGACUGAAUUGUACAAUUGUGUUUAUUUCCUAUUGUCAUUUAUAAUGUAAAUAUUGUUGUUCAGUAAAUAUUUUAUAUAAAUGAUAUGUUGUAUUUGCUAUUGAGAAAGGGUCCAUUAGUGUGUAAUAUGGAAUGAGUCAGUCGCAAGAGACUUUUAAAUUGAAAGGGACUUUUGCAAAACAAAGGACAUUGUUUUAGCGCUGUAUGUUAUGGAAAAUUCCCUUAACUGUAAAAAGGACAAAUAACAAAGAUCACUUUCCUCAGUGGACAUUCAAAAGGAUUUUUAUAAUGAUAUAAUAUAAUGGACAUCGACCUGAAUAAUGGAUGUUAUAUCAGACACAGGUAAUGCUCACUCACGCAAUCUCUCUCUCUCUCUCUCUCUCUCUUAGUGAUGUGUUGCUCCCAAACGAGUCGCCUCUAUAAGCCUUCUGAGAGCCAUUUUCCUUUUUUGUAUAUUAAUACAACAAAGAAUAAUAUGAUUAUCCUUUCACUACACUGCUCAGCCACACGCCAUAGUCCAAGCACUAACCAAAUGUUAUUUUGAUGUGUAUGUGCGUGCGAUCACGUGUAAUGACAUUAUCCCGCUGCUUUCGAUUCAUCGCUUGCACAUACUGUACACAUAAACAUAACAUUCAGUCACUGCAUGGAGUGGAUAUAGUGACAGGUGGAGAUGGAUGUGUGUGAUUGGUUCUGCAUACAUGUGUGCGUCUUCGCGCACCUUUGUAGAGGGAAUUCUCACGUUAAAGCAAUGGUGAAGAGCAUUACAUUUGAAUCUCUAUUCAUUAAUAUAAUCCACUACAGGUAUGAAAUGUACAAAAUGCAUACCACCAUUGUUCUAAUUGAGUUCUCAGAUCAAAUUCAAGGCACUGAUUUCUACCUACAGAACAACCAUUGCUAAUCACUUUCAUCUUUGCCUCGACUGUUCCCAGCAGGUGAAAUUACCUGCCUGACUCAGUAUGAGCAAAUGAGUCUUUAACCAUUGUCAAGAAACAGAUGAAAAUGCAUCUUCUUCAUCAACACAUUCUAUUGUUUUGUUUUCCUUUUUAUUAAAGAAAACUUGCUACAUAUACUGUUAUUGACUAACCGGAUCACCAAUCACCACAAUGGUGACUUCAGAUGAAAUGUAAAUGAAACAACAGCAGCAAUAAUGCUAAACCUCUAAUAGCCAUAUUCAGAGAAAUUAAGAGAUUUAAUUAGGUAUAUUUAAAGAUGUAUUUUAUUUGCAGUUGAUUUCCAUCUAAGUCUGUGUUUACAAGUCUGUUCUCUUUUUUCUGUUCUUGUUCUUCCUCUUUCUUUCAGUAGACUCAUGUUCACUAAUGUUCAUUAAAAGCAGCACUAACAGCCAAUCAUCAUUUGUGAAGUGAACCUAAUUGAUUUAAUUAAACUGAAUGAACAAUUCAACAUUUAAUAUAAUAAAGAGUGGGAUAUAACUGCCACAGUGUUAGUUUUUAACAACUGUGGGUGAGGCGCCAUUUGGUCUCUGAACAUGAAGAUCAAAUUUGCAAUGGUCUCUUUGUCAAGCCAAAAAACAUCACUUACACAUCAGUGUGUGAGUUUAGGGACAACACUUGUUGUGAUGAUUUUAACACAGUAAAUGUGUCAGGAAGGUGAUCUGUUAACAAUCAGAAUUAAAGGAGAAAAUCACAAUUUUAAGUCACCAUCAUGGAGAUCAGGGUUUGCUUUAGUUGAGCUCUUGAUCCUUGACUUUUUAACUCCUUAACUGUAACGGUCCCGCUGGUCGGACACCUCCCAACCAGCACACCCAUGUUUAGCACAUGGUUUAGCCCAGAUGAAAUGAACAUUACUCAGUGUGAACACUACAGGCUGUUAAAUGUAACACCGAAUCAGUGUUGGAGUUAAUGAGAUAAUUAGGUGAUAACGAGCAGAAUCACCGAAGGACAGAGGAACAACAAGAACUACGACUUCAGCCACAGCCUUAUAUGAAAUCAACUGAAGAUAAAAGACAUUAAAUCUCUCAAGAUCUGAUUAAACAACUCCACAAACAGCAUUACCAGCUUCACUUAUUACUAACCAGAUUGACUUUAUUUCUGUCAGAUGUCUACAGAACUUCUUACUGAGAAUUAACAGAGGUUUAGAUGUUGAUUGGUUAAAAAUAAGUGACAUCUUUUCUGUGUUGAAUCACUGUUGUGAAGGGAUUGUGUUUUACAGUAUGUGAACACAAAUGCAGGACAUAACGUUUGUGUUUGUGGGGGACUGUACUGUUGGAAAAACAUGCCAAUAUCCCUGUUGGGAUACAUUCCCACUUUCUUAAAUACUCGUUCUGUCUCUGUAAUGGUUGAUGGGAAUCCUUUAAACCUAGUCUUUUGGGAUUCAGCAGAACGAGAUGAUUUAGACAUAGUUCAAUCUGUUUCCUACACUGUUAAACCUUGCUGUAAGUAUAAUGCUGUACUUUAUUUUACAGUAUGCUUAAAACUACUGGAGUUAUUUUUACUGUUAAUUUUUAUUAUUAUUUUUUUUA